UUGAUCGGGCCAGCACUCAGCACUGUGAGUGAGAGUCAGUCGAGAGAGAAUCGAGAGCGAAACUGAGAGAGAAGAUGCCGUGCCUCAACCUGUCGACGAACGCGAGCUUGGAUGGGGUUGACACCUCUUUCAUCUUAUCCGAAGCUACCAAGACUGUCGCUAAGAUCAUCGGGAAACCAGAGGCUUAUGUGAUGAUUGUACUGAAAGGGUCAGUUCCAAUGUCAUUUGGUGGGACUCAGCAACCAACAGCUUAUGGUGAGCUGGUAUCCAUUGGUGGUCUCAACCCUGAUGUCAACAAGAAAUUGAGUGCUGCAAUUGCAACGAUUCUUGAGACAAAGUUAUCUGUUCCUAAGGAUCGAUUCUUCCUCAAAUUUUACGAUUCAAAGGGCCAUCAAAGCAAAGAUUAUGCACAGUGUUUGCAUGCUUUACAUCAGCAAUAGAUCGUGGUUCAGACUUUGGAUGGAAUGGAUCGACCUUCUAAACGCUGUAGUGCUUCGGCUGUGUUGUCUUGAAUCUCUGCAAUAUAUAGAAGCAACUCGGUAUUCUUAUUAUAAACUCUCAUGACUGUUGUGGGGAUGCUGAGAAAGAAUAUUCUGUUAUGUUAUCUGAUAGACAUGUAUAAUUGGAGGGAUUUGGAGAUGUGAAACACCUAAUUCUAUUGCUAGUUUUGACUCUUA